UCCUUUUCCCCACUGCCUUAUACACCAAGGGUAGGGGGUGUGCAAGGCGCUGUCCAAUACAUGCUUAAGACUUCUUAUUGAUAUAAUAUACUGACGCUUUAUUGUUAAGUUUCACCUCUACGUGAAUCUUAUUUUCCACCGACAUAUUUUUUCAUCCACGAACAAACAACCAUCUACUGAGAAAGAUGAUUGACACAGUGACAGGAUCCGGGCCAGCGCCCUUUGCAGUCCAGCUGAAGGCUCUGCUGGACAAAGAGGCCCGCUACCAGCCCAAGCUGAGCGGCCUGCGGCUCAUGGAAGGGGCCAGCGACAACGGUCUCAGGAUGACCGCCCGACUACGGGAGUUUGAAGUGAAGGACCUCCUCUCCCUGACCCGGUUCUUUGGGUUCUGCUCGGAGACCUUCUCCCUGGCCGUCAGCCUGCUGGAUCGCUUCCUAUCGAUCAUGAAGAUCCAGCCCAAGCACCUGUCCUGCGUUGGGCUCUGCUGCUUCUACAUCGCCGUCAAGUCCUCGGAGGAGGAGAGGAACGUGCCGCUGCCCAACGACCUGAUCCGCAUCACGCAGAACCGCUUCACAGUGUCGGACAUGAUGCGCAUGGAGAGGAUCAUCAUGGAGAAGCUGUACUGGAAGGUCAAGGCGCCCACGUCCCUGCACUUCCUCCGCCUCCUCCACGGCCAGGUCCAAUCACAGCUCAGCACGGACAGCAGGAAGAUCCUCAGCCUGGACCGACUGGAGGCCCAGCUCAAAGCUUGUCACUGCUCCUUUGUCUUCUCUAAAAUAAAGCCGUCUCUGCUGGCUCUGGCCCUGUUGCGUCUAGAGGCUGAAGAGCAACACGAUCAACAACAUGUGGAGGCCAUAGGCGAGGCUCUGCAGGGUCUGCAGCAACAACUGAAUAUCAGAGAUGGCGACCUGGUCUGUGUGAGGGAGCUGGCUGGGAAGUGCCUGGCUGAGUACGCCACCACCAAGUGCUCCAAGCCCAACAGCCAGAGGCUGCGCUGGAUCAUCUCCGGGAGGACGCAGCGGCAGCUGAAGCCCAGCUACUACAAGAUCGCUCAUCUCCCCACCAUCCCCGAGACCGUAUGCUAAGGCCUCAGGACGCCGCGGUGGGCGACCUCCUAAUUAGACUAACUAGAGAAAAGGGUUGAAAUAUUACCUGUGACAUGGUCGCCCGCCGUCCCGCUUUCCCUUACAGAACUUCAUUAUUGAUGAUGCAGUUCUUUAAGGGAAACUGUCUGUUUUUGUGAAGCAACGCAGUACGACUUGAUGUGAAACUCAUUCAUUACCAUCUAGUGAGGUUUUUCUUUGGCGGAUUUGAAACGCUUCCACAAGUGUACAGUAUGUUAUCGUUUGAAUCUGUGCUGAGAUACUUGGUUAUUCUCGGGAACAGGUUGCUGGUUUUUAAGCAAUAAAGUAUAGAACCGCCUAGGUCCUCAAUCCACCAUGUGGAAGAGGAGGGAGAAGGGUUUUGUGAAACUAAAAAACGAAACCAAGAAAUCAGGCCCAAAACCCUUAACUCCCACCCUAGGUUGCUCGGCUGUCCUCAAUGCACACUCCUACCCAAGGUGAAUGAAACUUUUAAUUUUGUUUUGAAACUGAGCUCGAUGGGGUUUCCCCUAAGUGACGCUAGGUAUGAUCCUAGCAUGUAUGGCGGCCAUCUUAUCGAUGGCCUUGCUCUAUAAGAUGAGACAUGAUCCUUAUAUCAAUGGUUACAGAUGUAAUUAAUUUGGAACAAAAUGAAACUUUAGACAUUAUUUGAAUGGAUUUUAAUUUGUGAAGAGAUGGAGAGAAAAACUUUUGGAUUUGGCAUUUGAUUAUCGCACUUGAAAAUAGUUCAUCUGGAUGACCCAUGUACUUGGACCUUUCAAUAAAAAAACGUAUUGAAAAGCA